AUGGCCACUUUUCUCCCUACUGUUCUCGGGUCGGAGGCUCAGAAGCCGUCGAAAAUCCUCCAAUUCAAGCCAUCCAUAGAACACCUACCUGAGACUCGGUUUCGGAAGCUCACAGACACGCCAUCCGAUGCCGCAGACAACCCCAUCGUGUUCUUCGACAUCAGCAUUGAUGAAGAGCCUCUGGGCCGGAUUACUUUUGAGCUCUUUGCUAACAAAGUUCCAAGGACGGCAGAAAACUUCCGUGCUCUGAGCACCGGAGAAAAGGGAUUUGGUUACAAAGGAUCCUGCUUUCACAGAAUCAUUCCUGGGUUCAUGUGCCAGGGGGGCGACUUCACGAACCACAACGGCACAGGUGGCAUCUCCAUCUACGGGGACACAUUUCCCGACGAGAACUUUAUCCUGAAGCAUACUGGCCCUGGCAUCUUGUCCAUGGCAAAUUCUGGACCCAACACGAAUGGCUCCCAGUUUUUCAUCUGUACUGAUAAGACUGAUUGGUUGGAUGGCAAGCACGUGGUCUUUGGCCAAGUGAAAGAAGGCAUGAACAUUGUGGAAAUCAUGGAGAGUUUCGGUUCUCGGGAUGGCAGGACCAGUAAGAAGGUCACCAUUUCUAAAUGCGGACAACUCAAAUAAGGUUUUGUUUUGUUUUGUUUUGCGUUUGUCUUAUCCCCCAAGCCACAAUCCUCUGUAGCUGGAGAGAGCACUCCUGAACCCCAUCUGCUUUUUAUACCCUGUAAUCCUUGUUGCUUUCAUGUGCUGCAGUUACCUUUGGAUUUCAUCUCCCCCUUUUCCUUCUACAAGUCUAGCUUAGACAACAGAGUUAAGUUUUAUGAUUAUGAAAUAAAAACUAUACUUGGAAAAAAAACAAAAAUAAAA